GUCUCCAUCGUCAUCAUCAUCAUCAUCAAGCGCUUGCCGGCGCGCGGUGUGGCGGCGGCGCGGCCGAUCAAACGGUGCGGACUUUGGACACUGCUUUUCCGCCGGCACGCCGGGCACCGCGCUGCCGCAGCCGCUGUCGAGGCGACGAUAGGCAUGAUAGCGCGACUGUUUCUCGCGCCGUGUGGCUGCUCGGAACCGUUCAUCGCUGGAUAGGCGCCGCAUGCACGGGAUACGUCGUCGAUCUGGUCUCUGGGGAAAGUGCCGGUGGAUUUGGCGACUCACUCGAGUCUCGAACCUGCGCUGAUCGUGUGAGACCUAUACCAACUUGGCGCAGCCCAUGUCUGCAUUGCGGCUCCUGCUCCCUGUGCUCGCGGUCCUGGUGUGGCGUUCCUGCUGCGCCCUGGACACGGAGUCCUCGCCCAUCCAGAGCCCUCCGGCACCCGAGAGUCUGCGCUCCAACCCGUGCUCAUCUAGCGGUUCCAGCUGCGGAGAAUGCCUGCGCCAGCCGCAGUGCGCCUGGUGCACCCAACAGGACUUCCCUCGGGGUUUGGAACGAUGUGCCCCUGAGAACCUGCUGGUGGAUAGCGGCUGCAGCCAGGAUGCCAUCGAGAAUCCCCAGUCCAGGAUGAUCCAGGAAACUCCCCUGGACAAGGCAGGUUCCGACGUGCAGCUCCAGCCCGGCAAGGUGCACUUGGCUCUGAGACAAGGAGCUCUGCAGACGUUCACGGUCCGAUACCGCCAAGCGGAUGACUACCCCGUGGACCUGUACUACCUGAUGGACCUCACCCAUUCCAUGAAGGACCACAGGGACAAGGUGGCAGAGCUUGCAGACGACAUGGUGGCCAGUAUGCUCAAUGUUACGCGGAACUUCCGACUGGGAUUCGGCUCGUUCAUCGACAAGGUGGUCAUGCCCUACGUGGACACGACACCGGCAAGGCUUCAGAACCCAUGCCACGACACCCAGUGUGCGCCACCGUACGGUUUUCACCAUCAGCUGCCCCUGACGACAAACAGCAGUCUAUUCACUGAGACCGUUUCUUCGGCAGCGCUCUCUGGAAACCUGGACAACGCGGAGGGCGGCUUCGAUGCCAUCAUGCAGUCUAUCGUCUGCAAGGAGAAAAUCGGCUGGAACGAGCGCUCAAGAAAGAUCCUGCUUUUUGCCACAGACUCCAUCUUUCACGCUGCUGGCGACGGUUUGUUGGGUGGCAUUGUCCGGCGGAACGACGAGGAGUGUCAUCUGGACCAGGAUGGAUUUUACUCGGAGAGCUCUGACCAGGACUACCCGUCGCUGAGCCAGAUCGUGAGCGUGGUGCAGCGCAGCAAGAUCAAUCUCAUUUUCGCGGUCCCCGAAGGCGCUUACGACGUGUACCGACAGCUGAGCGCCUUCAUCGACGGCUCUUCCGUCGGCAAGCUGGUCGGAGACUCGUCCAACAUCGUGCACCUCGUCCGGGACCAGUACUACAAAAUCCGUUCCGAGGUGGUGCUCAAGGACAAUGCGCCGUGGUUUCUCCGCGUAAACUACAGCAGCAAAUGCCUGAGCGGAACUGGAGCCAAGAACAAGCAGCAGACCAAUGCUUGUGGAGGAAUUCGCGUUGGCGACGAGGUGGAGUUCCAGGUGAGUGUGGAGCUCGUCAACUGCCCGGCCGACGCGUCGAGCCACGUGUUCCGCAUCUCCCCGGUCGGCGUCAACGAGUACUUGGAAGUCCAGGUCGAACCCAUCUGCAGCUGCGACUGCGAAGCGCCCCAACGCACGGAGACGAACAGCAGCCGCUGCAAUGUCCGAGGCAGCUCUGCUUGCGGCGUCUGCUCCUGCGACCCCAACUUCUACGGGAAGCAGUGCGAGUGUUUGGACACCGAGUUGCAGCUUCACAAGGCGCUCUGCCAAGCGAGUAACUCCUCUACAGAGCUGUGCUCCAACAGGGGAGAUUGUGUCUGUGGGGAGUGCCAAUGCUACAAUCCCCAAGGUGGAGGCCGGGUUUUCGGCCAGUGGUGCCAGUGCGACUCGUUCUCCUGCGAGCGGGAUGCGGAGUCGCGCGUGUGCGGCGGUCCCGAGCGCGGCCAGUGCUGCGGUGGCGAGUGCCAGUGCAACUCGGGCUGGGGCGGGUCGGCCUGCGACUGCUCCGCGGACACGUCGACCUGCGUCGCCCCCGGAGACCCCGCCGGCCGCAUGUGCGGAGGCCACGGCGACUGCGUAUGCGGGGCGUGCCGCUGCCGCGCCGACGCCGGCGGACGCUACUCGGGGCCCUUCUGCCAGGACUGCGCGGCCUGUGUUGGGAGGUGCUCGGAGUUCCGGAGCUGCGUCCAGUGCACGAUGUUUGGCAGCGGGGAGCAGUCCGAGAAGUGCCGCUCCGAGUGUUCCAAGCUCAACAUCGUUCCGGUGGACAAGGCUGAAGAGGCCGGCCCGGAGGAGCGCAAGUGCAUCUUCAAGGACGUGGACGACUGCUCCUUCUCGUUCGUCUACUACUACGACGAGAACAACGAGCCUGUCAUCGAGGCUCAGAAGACCAAAGAGUGCGGCAAGGAAGCCCUGACCUGGUACAUCGUGGGAGGCGUGGUGGGCGGCAUUGUCAUCUUCGGUCUGCUUGCCGUCUGCAUUGGACGCUUCCUCCUCUACCUCAAGGACAAGUUGGAGUACGAGAAGUUUGUCAAGGAGAGAAAGAACGCAGCUUGGAGACUGGAGAUGAACCCCAUCUUCAAGGAGCCGGUGUCAGAGUACAGGAACCCCAUGUACGAGACCGGCCAGCCGUCCACAGCCGGCCUGAGCAGCAGUCGCAGCUGAUCGCGAUAAAGGGGUAGCCGAGGCCGCCGCCGCAUCGAGUCAACACCGCCUGAAAUAAGCAAAGCCCGUGAACAUAGCAAUUCGACGUCGUCGAAGUGAGAUUGAGAUUCGACACGAGAGCUGCAUCAGCUUUCGGCUGGACUGUGCACCAGUCAAUGCGUAAAAGAACACUUGGGGUCGGGCUCGGGCCCAACGCCGAGUUUUCGCCGUCUAUACAUAAAUAUAGUGUUUAAAAGCAAGCCCGUGUUUGCCCGCGUGUGCGCAGAAGACAGAUUUCGCCGGGUGAAGCAUUUGCGCAUGCGCAGUGGCAUAACGUCAAAGAGUUGAGUUGGUCCAUAGUGUGAUCACGCGACGUCGAGCUGGUGGAGUCUGUUCUCGGGCUUUAAUUAUUUCAGGCGGUGUUGAUCGAGCAGGACGCGGGUGUCUAUAGUUUGCAGUGUUCAUCUCAUACGAGCGAUAGCCUACGUUUUCAAUGUUCCACAUAGUAUUUUUAAGUUCUGGUAACAUUCCGAUUGAGUAUGUGACUGGCCGUUUUACUUUCAGGUCCGUGACAGGGGCUCGUUCUUUCAGGUUUUCGUUGGCUAAACCGUCUGUACACCCAACACCAAGUGCAGUUCGUCAGAAUGCGUCCUUGUCUUUGCUUAGAAAAGUUUAUAGUUUUGUCUUGGAAGAACCCCCAGCUCAUUAAAGUGACUGGAUCUUGGGAAAGUAGUGCCAAGAUCCAUUUUGGUUCGUAGAAAGCUACUUCUCAUUGACCUCGCCAUUCUUGGUGAGCUGAUCCAAAUUCCCGGUGGCAGGUUUCUUUAUACAGAAAUUUCUUGUAUAACGAGAUUUUAUUACCCACACAUCGGAGAAACAGGCGCACAUCUUCGCAACCAUCAUCCACAUGCGGCCUCGGUGCUUGGCGGCGAUGAAAAAUAAUUGCCCUGUCUUGAAAUUAGCAAGAAGAACAAUAUAAUUGUAAGAGAUCCGUGCAUAUAAGUAUGAUUCAUAAGUUCACUGCAUAAAGGGUGCCAAAGAGGCUUAUAUCGAAGAUUUGAAGGGACCGCAAUGGCGAUUGACAUGGCAGUGCAGGCCGACGAGCCAAUCGCCUCGCGAGGUUUCGGUGGUCUGUAUUUUUGUAUACCUGUUAGCGGUUGGCUAGCGCCAGGGGAGGCAAUCGCGCUGCUUUCCCUGUUUCCAGUGACUUUACAUCUCACCAUUGCCCUGGUUACGGGUUACAAAUGAAGUGACGUUGUGUUGAAUCACCCUCGAUGAAUGGUUCAUCCGUUGAUAGUUCUAGUACACCAAAGGUGCACCCAAGUCAUCUUGUCAGCAGUCAUUUUCACUUGGUUUGUCUACGAAACAUCUUCGUCCCGCCGAAACAAUAGGUUUGUGUCAUAAUUUUUCUAGGUGCUGCUGGCUACAGUACGCACAUUUUCUUGCUUUCUCUGACUUACGUUAUUAGUUGGAACUUUGAUGUCUGGUCCUCAUUUGAUUUUUAUUGCGUUCUUAUGGCAUAAUACUUCCGACUGAGAUGAGCUGGUUGUGCGCUUCAGGCUGCUGUUUACACGCGUGAAAUGGCCAGAGCCUUUGGUUGUGUCAGUGGAAAUCCUUAUAAUGGCAUGCUUUUGACCGCUAGGCGGAGUGAAACUGGGGGAGAGAAGGAGACGAGAGCGCGUAGGGACUGUCAGAACGCCGAGCCCUGCUUGAACGGAUAGUGGGUAGACGGAAAGGCUAGCUGCAUUUACGUCUACCCUGCAAGACUGGGUUCUAAAUCUGUCACCGACUAUAAAUGCAUCCACAAGUAAUUAUCAAUCCAUAGAAGGAGGAAAUAUGGGCACAUUCAGAUAUACUAUACGAGUUUAGCCAUUCGUAGCGCAAGUUUUGUGUUAGUAAAGAACUCGCGGCUACUUUCUCGUAGAGCACUCAUGGUAUCAAUAAUUGACAUCUAUUGAAGCGACGCCUGGGACAGACAAAAGAGCGUUCGGGUAAGAGCGUAGUUUGCCCUUCCUCUCUUUUCCAACUGCUUGGGCUACACCAACACUGCCUUGAAGACAAGGCCAUAGUAAUGACAGUUUUGCGUCACCACCGAUGGCCAACGCUGGACACAGACUGGAGACGAGUGCUGCGUCGGCGCUCGGCUUCGAGCCAAGUUUGACGGAACGUUGACGCAAUCCUCGUGUCCGAUCUGUGACCAGCCAUGGCCUUUCCUGAUGACCACAGCUCUAUCAGCAUUAUGGCUUUAUUAUCUAGGAGGCGUUGGCUACACUUUCGCCCUGUACCUUUGGUAAGGGCUGUCACAUGCUUCGCCUCCGUCGCUCUAAUUGGCUCAAGGGAGCGUAUUUCUAGUUCUUUGCCAAAGCAGAGUGUAAAAAAAUAUUGGGUGUCUAAAUUGCCGAGGCUUGAUCUAAAAUGGGCAGUAAAAAUCGGCGCCUGCACGUAUUGAUGUAAACUUUUCGUCAGAGGUGUAUUUCACAGGUGGGGUUUAUCUUGUAAAAUUGCAAGGCGUAGCUCUCUUUCUGUAAAAAAAUAGGGCCUGAAAACUUUCCACAGUCAAUGGUAACGCAGACGACCGAGUCGAAUGGCAGAUGGCACUAACUUGUUCUACCGGCUUGCUUAAAAAAAAAAAUCGAAACUGCCCGCGAUGCCCGUGGUCUAUUAGAAUGAACAUAAUCUUUUUUGUAAAGCACCUUUGGUUUAAAAAUGAAUUCCAACAAUAAUAGCAAAACUCGAAUUAACAAAAAUAGAAGAAAACACGGUCGCAUAACGACGGUGUUCUUUCUGGUGACGGCGUCUGCGUGUCUGCUUUCUUUAGCUGGUCGGCUACACUUUCUGAUGCUACUCUCAACGCCAUCUAUCAAUAUGCGCUCUAAACGCGACCCGCCACUUGACUCUGUUUUUAGCGUGGCAGUCCGCCGUUGACCCUAGCAAACAUUUUGGCCCUAUCUUAUUUUUUUUUUUUUAUGGAAAGGGAGUUACAUCUCACAAUUUUACAGGGUAAAACCCACCUGUGAAAGACAGCUUUGACGAAAUCUUGAAAUCGCUACGUGAGGCGUCCAUUUUUACGGCCCAUUUUAGAUUCAGCCUCGGAAUUUCAGACACCCUAUUAUAUACGUAGCGGCGCUGUGUUCUUACUAUAGUCACCGACAGUUUAAGAAACGCAGGGCGGUGCGAGUCCCGCGCAUCUCAUUAUCGCCCUCCGCAACCAAUGGGAGUGCUGCAUUAGCCGGUAAGGAUGCCAAACAACCAAUCACGAAGCAAGACGUGUUGGUGACUAUACACCAAUUCAAAAGUCUGGUUUCUGAACAGUCGCGCAGUGCCCCAGCGGGGUGUGGGCAAAGCGGGCCCGUUUGCAAACAGUGGUCCAUAUAAACCAUACAUAGCGUACAUUAUUCGCGCGUGCCAGUGCUAACGUGUGUCGUCGUGCUCGCCGGCCACAUCAUUUUUGCUUUUUCGUUUGACGAUGGCGUUUCCAUUUGCGUCAUAAUAACGUUGUGCCAAGACCAAAGUUGGAAACUGUGGUUUGCUUGUCACGUUUUCAUUGCCUCACUGCCUGGUUGUGAAGUGAUGCCCAGAUAGAGGCGACCAGGGACCAUACGUUGAUCGGUGUGAUCGUUCCCUAGACCAGUAGAAAAAUAAAAAAAAAAGUUUCUCAA